GCCGCCGAGACUGUCUCUCAAGAACCAAGAACCGCCAGUUUGCCCACAAGAUACUGUAGCCCAUUCCCCCGUCGCCCCCCACAGCGGCGACAUGCACCAAGCAACAACGAUGAUGUGGCAUGGCGUCCAAGGAGAGCCGUCAUACGUGCGGGUGGACCCCCUUCCUCCCUCUCCCCGAGGUGGAGCUCUAGGCAGCAGCGAUACGACGCCCAUGGCGAUGCAAGCGGGAUGGCCGACGGCCGGUGUGACCUCUGGGACAGAGCUCGGGGGCCUGCGGGAAUCCAACUUCAUAUCUUGCUUCAUCUCCAACUUUAUUCCCAUGUGCCCAGCGUCCGAUGACAGCUCGAUCAGAGAGGGGAUCAUGUACGCCAUGGCGAAGCCGAGCCAGGGCCUCGAAGGGCACGGUGACUUGCGGAGGGGGCAAGCGCUGCAGUGCUCCUUCUACUCGGGCCUCGCGAUUGGGGCUAUCAUGCUGGGUUACCCCUCGGAUCAGGUGUCCCGGUACAUGGAGUCCGCCCAGCUUUGCAGGGACCAGUGCCGCUACUUCGUGGACCGCUUGGCGGUGUCGGCCCUGGUUCUCUAUUCCGUCGCGAGCGUGUUCUUGGGGCAGGCGGCGGCGUAUCGCCAGGGCAUGGAAGAAGCGCGAGCUCUGUCCAGCCGCUCGCCGGACGUCGACCCGGUCGUAUCCUCGUACUUGAGGUUGCAGCGCUUCACGGAGGGCUUGCGAUCGCUUACGGCGGAUAUGCUGGAUGGCGACAACCCCAUCAACGCCGUGCGGGGACCGGGAGGCGAAGGGUUGGUGAUAGAGGUCGAGACGCCGAGAGGGAGGCACGUCUGCGACCUCAUCGAGGACGGCCGGAGCAACAAUUGUUCGUUCUCACCGACCAUGUCCGCCUACCCCAGUCUCGUAGUCUCGGACGGUCUGUUCCUCACCCUCCGGUACUACACGACCGUCCUUGAGGACGGAACCCCGGCCUUGACGCAUGUGCACGGCUACCUGGCUUCGGAGCUCGACCACCUCGUCCUGGCGGGGGCGGGGGCGGUGGUGUUGGUGUUGUUGUCAGGCUUGCUCAUGGCGGUGAAAGCACGGCUCUCACGGGCCGCCGGCCUGCUUCCCCUCGCCGAGCUCGCGCUCAACCAGUUCCACGCACUGCCAGGCUUAGCAAGGUGCGACAUCCGGCUGUGUAUCUACCCCGCCCUGGCGGUGUUUCGACUGCACGGGAAACGUGAGGAGUAUAUCUCGCUCUGGCAGAUUGCCGGUGCAGCUAGUCAAGAUCGCGUGCCCACGUUCGAUGAGUGCCGCCCGGGCAAUCCGCUGUGCCCGCAUGAUGUGGUCGCCGCGCAUGCUGAAAAGAUCCUCGCGUUGGGGGUAUAGGGCGGCUUUGCGGCGCUGGAUAGACGGUUGCCGCGUCAUGGUGUGAGUGCCGAAUGAAAGCACGCCAUGCAUUGAAAGUGAGGUCGAUGUGGUGAUUGAUUGGUGUGAGUGGCAAUAUGUGUGUUAUUUUCAGUGACCAAGCGUGUAAGUGUCGAUGUCGAACUUAUUGCGCUGGCAUCAUGGUCGAGGCUCAACGGGGUACGGUAGUCUUGCAAACAGCAUGACAUAACAUGGGCGUCGUGUGACACAUUUGCAGCGGAGCAGUGGCGCGCUUUUCCACAGAGCCAAAAACUAAGGGGAACGUCGAAUUUGUAGCUGAAGAUUGCGAGGCUGGUCGCAUUAGAACAAACGAUUGUGACGCUGAGGCAAGCACGCCACGGGUAGUAGCUGGUGUGCAAUUCAGAAUCGUGUAGUUUCAAUUCUGACUUUCCCUCGCCACCGUCGACAACAGAACAUUCAGAUACAGGAGCUUAAGGUUGGAUCUACCGCUGAGCUGUGUUGUCAACCCUUUGUUUGGCAUAUGUUUUUCGGGAAGCGUUUUCCCGCUCUCUAUUUGUUUAUUUCUGUCCACGGUAUACCGUAGAUAUCGUAUAUGCUGGAGAGACGGCCACAUGGGUCGGAGGAGAGCUCGGAGUAAUGCUUUCAUCGAUGCCGUUUGCCCUUGUCGUGUCUAUUUUAAUCCGCACAAAAGUUCUUGUUGGAAUCGGAGAUGAUGGUCACACACACGAAAAUAUGUGCGGUGAAUAAAGGAGAACCUCACGUUUUCGGAGUAUAAAUGAGCUUGGUUUCGGGGGCGCCUUGCGUGGUUGGGUCUAGGUAGCGUACACGAAUUGUUGUUGUUUUAUGUGCCGUCGUUUCGGCGACGAGGGAAAAUGUGGCAUCCGUUCGUUUGUAUUGAGUUGGCGUGUACAAUAAAUAGUACUUCGUACACAUGUCUACGGAACGGGUCCGCAAUCACCGAAAGUCAAUUUCGGGUAGACGCUCAAGUUAUUACUUUUGCCGCCCGCCACCGUUGUCGAGCACAUGUAGCUUUUUUAUAGAGAGUUUAGCGUGGGUUCCACAGGUGAGCUAGCUGUGGUUCUUAAUCGUCUCUUCUCAUUUAUCGUAGAGAUCUAGCCGCCGUUGUUUAUUAGGGCCAUGCUUCCUACGGUAGCUGCGGGGACCUUCUGUAAGGAAGGAUGGACCAUUUGAUUGUGAAGCAUUUGUGUUGUAUGCAGUGAAACCCGAAAAAAUGCGCAAGAACGAGGUGUGAGUGAAGACAGGUGAAAACGAUUGAAAUUUGUGCAGUUUCAUUUUUUUUUGGUGUUUUGACGUGAUACUGUCCCUGUCGCUGACGAUGAUGAUGGUGGAAGAUGAGGUUGGUCCCUACCGCGUAGCAUCUGCCACUAAAUGCUGUAAUACGAG